AGAACCUCUCCAAUCGGAGCCUCAAAAAGGUUUUUCGGUUUAUUGGAUAUCGAUGGUGAAGAGAUUCGUCGUUUCGGGGGCGAUUUUGGAGUGAAAUCGGAUGAUUUAUUGUCCAUAAAGUGUAGAUGUACUGGAGGUGAAAAGAAUUCAUAUUCCCCAAAGCAGCGUCUACAAUGGGCUAGCCUUUUGUGACCCGGAGGAUUGGAUGGAAGACAGUCGAAAAAAAUAAUAAAUGUUAAAACCUGAUCGCCGGAGCGACAAGGACACCAGUGUUAACCAUUCACGAAGAUUAGGCCGUUGAAAAGGUUGCAAUACGUAGUGACAAAUUAAUGCGGCACCCGGCGAAAGUGGCGUGCUCGAUUGAACCGGUGGUGGUAGCAGCAGCUUCAGUAUCAGCAGAAUGGUGGACAAACCGAAGAUCGGGCUCGGCUCGGAGGAGAUAGUCAAUCCAUCGCCUGCCCUCAGCAAGGGAACGGACUGCGGCAGUCCGCCGCAUGUGGUCUACCUGACGGAGACGUUCUACAUUAGUUCCAAGAAAAAUACCGUCUUCGAAGUGCGACUAACGGACAAGGGGCUCAGUCUGAAGAAGCAAAGCAAUGGUUCGACCAAGGAACAGACGAUCCCGCUGAAGGAUAUCAUCGGUUGCCGUUGCCUGCGCAGUAAGCGGAAAGCGAAGGGAAGCUCGGCCUGUGCGUGCACCUCCAUCUCGGGCACCGCUCAGCUCAAGGUGGUCGAGGAGAACUCCGGCGAGCAGGAUGAAUCGGACGUUAGCGCUUAUCUGUACAUCUAUGCCUACAUCAUGAAGCGGAAUCGCCGGGGUGGAUUUCGGGAACGCACAACCAUCACGCUGCGGUUUCGAUCCUUCGACAAGUACGAGGACAACAAUAAGGAAGCGCAAAAAUGGCGAGCGGCCAUCAAGUAUCUGGUAGCUGGGGAAACUUCCAUCCGGCCGACAUAUCAGCCGAAGGAAACGCGUAAACUGCUGGUGAUCAUCAAUCCGAAAUCCGGCUCCGGCAAGGCACGCGAAAUGUUCCAACAGCGGGUGGCGCCUGUUCUGGCGGAGGCAGAAAUCUCCUACGAUUUGCACAUAACGAAAAAGUCUGACUGGGCCAGGGAGUUUGUCCGGAACAGGGACAUCUACCUCUGGCGGGGCAUAGUGGUCGUCGGAGGGGAUGGCAUCUUCUACGAAGCGUUGAACGGACUGUUCGAACGGGAAGACUGGCAGACGGCGAUCGACGAAUUGACGAUCGGAAUCAUUCCGUGCGGCUCGGGCAAUGGACUGGCCAAAACCAUUGCGCACUUGUACGACGAACCCUUCGAGACGAAACCGAUCCUGGCAUCAGCUUUAACCAUAGUCAAAGGCAAACAUUCCUUGUUAGAUAUAGUUAGAGUGGAGACACGGUCUAAAAUUAUGUUCUCAUUCCUGUCGGUUGGCUGGGGUCUAAUCUCGGACAUCGAUAUCGAGAGCGAGAGACUGCGGGCCAUCGGUGGCCAACGGUUUACACUUUGGUCCGUCCAUCGGCUAAUCAGCCUACGUACCUAUCAGGGCAAGGUAUCGUACGUACCGGCGCUAGUUAGUAAUAUGAAUAGAUCCAACUCGCUGCCCCACGAAGGUGGCGUAGGAGGAGGUGUAGGAUUACUGAAACACAGCAUAAGUUACAAUACUACCUUGGACUGUCACGACUGCCGGACCGGUGGAGGUGGUGGUGCAGGAGCCAACGAUAGCCACAGCAAUUGCGAUGCCUGCGAUACAAAUUUCAGUGAUGUUCUUUCGUUGGAAACUGGAAGUAAUCUGGACACUUUUCGGCCCCGUAUCGAUAGCUGGUAUUCGGCAACGUCCCGCAAGAGCACCUACUUCUCCACGGUGGACAGCAUUUACGAAAGUGAUCGCGCUUCCAACGAGGGCACACCGAACGGUGCCAAUGUGGCGCAGAUGUACGGGCCACCUUCGAGGCUUCCAGCACUGACGGCUCCAGUGUCGGACGGCUGGAAGACCAUCGACGGUGAAUUUGUGAUGGUGCAUGCGGCCUACCAGACGCAUCUGAGCACGGAUUGCUUCUUCGCUCCCCUUUCCAAGCUAAAUGAUGGCAUCAUUUGGUUGCUGAUCAUCAAGGCAGGAGUUAGUCGAUCGCAGCUGUUGUCGUUCCUGCUGGGACUGAGCAACGGGUCACACAUUCCAACGCAGGCCAACCGAUACAUCCAGAUGAUUCCAGUGACGGCAUUCCGGAUCGAACCCAGUGGCUCCAGCGGUCAUAUGACCGUGGACGGCGAGAACGUUGAGUACGGUCCAAUCCAGGCGGAGAUCUUUCCUAGUUUAGCCAAAGUGAUGGUACCGAAAUGAUUAUCCUGAGGUAUGAAUGUGUUUGUGUAGUUUCGUUCACGGAUAGUGUUGCUGCAGUGGGUAUGGUGUUUGAAAUAUCCAUUACGAGUAUGUAUUGUUAGCACCCGAUAUAGGUGGGUGGGAAAUAAUAGUGAUUCAAUGGAUGUCAAUUGGCUGAACCUCCUCGUCAAGCCGCUUAUGAGAAUGUAUGAAUGCAACGAGUAAAGUGUUUUGGUUGAUAUUCAUCGACUUGUUUAUGUCCGGAGCGUAUUUCUGAGUACGUCAAUGGGAGAAUGGAUGGACGACUAUCGAUCGAUGGUAAUAUGCACACGCUCCCGCUCCUCAUUUUCAGGGAAGAGGCCUGUGAGAACCAAACUUUUAAAUUGGUAAUUUCGCUCCCCAGGGAUCAUUGUAAACCAACUUCGUGUAGAUUCUGCAAUUCGUUAGCGACAUUAUUUAAACGGAAAACAUUACCUAUAGGCAAGUGGAUCGUACUGUUGUGCGUGCUUGAACUACAUAGAACUUUUUCCCAAAGCUGCUAUGUAUAACUUCCUUCUGGAGAGCAAGAGUAACCUUACUUACCUUACCGAUUAGGCUAAGGCCUUGAUGCCCUCUGCUGUCCGAAGAAGUCGUCUCCACUCUAGUCGGUCCAUGGCUCAGAGAAAGAGAGUCACUUCUACUCAUAGGUAUAGAGAAAUCUCGAAAAGCUGCAGAAACUCAACGCUGAGUGCCUGCAGUUUUUAGAAAUUCCUUAUACAACUGAGUAGAAGUGACUCUCUCUAAGUUAUUCUCAGUGGCCAUAUUUAUAGUUAUUUCUAUAGAGUACAAAAUGUAGAAAUGUAUUCAUCGAAAAAAGCAAUAUUUCCAGAGAAACCGCCAAUUUACUGAACAUUUCCAUGCUGCAAAACCGACUUGACUUGGAAAGUAGCACCUUAUUAAGUUCUGCAAACAGAAUCUUACACGAACACUCGAUGCAACGUGUAAAUUAAUAGGAUUUUGACAGUUCUUGCAGCUGGAGAAGACUAUGAUGCCGGGCAAGGUUGUCAUUCGCCAAAUUAUUCCUACAGUUAAUUCUCAGUUUUGCGUAGGCCUUAACAACCAUUAUUACAGAUGAGCAGGAAGGAUAUUUUUCGAUCGACUUUACCCUGCUUUUUCCCAAUAAAAUUGGGAACCUAAGGGCAGACGUCCACUGUUGUGGUGGCGGUGUGGCAUCUAUUAACAUGGGAAAACAUCAUGUCAACAUCGACAUUAUGUUUCGACACAAAUGGGUACCUGGCUUAAGGAUUGGUAAUAUACUUCUGCCACCUAUUAAAGACGACUACAGCAGGUGCAUCCCGGCUUGCUUCCACUCACUUGCUAUAAAAAAUUGUUUUUCGGAAUUAUUAAAUCAUUAGAUAUUAUAAUGAUAGUUAGUAGUUGUAAGUCACAAGAUAAGGUUGUAAACUAGGUGUUUAACACAUAAAACCUGUCAUUAUUGCUUUCAGUGCGUCACAAUACGUGAUUUUACGAUUCGUGAGCGCUCACUCUGAGUGAACGCUCACGAGUCAUAAAUUCGCUGAUUGUGACGCACUGAAAGUGAAAUUGACAGGUUUUAUGUGUCAAAUACAUACCUUCCAACCUCUUCUUGUUUCUGACAAGUAAAAACUUUCAUAAUAGCAUCCAAUGAUUCCAUAGUUCCGAAAAACAUUUUUUAUAGCGAAGUGAGUGGAAGUAACCCUGGGUGCAUCAGUACCAUCUAAUAUCCUCCGGACACGAAUCAAAACAUAUUCUUUUGAAACUGCAGCUAAAAAAAAAUGUGCGCUCAUAUACAGGAACUUACCAGCAUUGAAGCUCAUCUACUGAAAAGCAAUUGUAUCAUCAAGUAUCGUCAAAUUUAUUAUGGUUACAAUAUCAAAAAAUGAACGCAGAUCAAUAAAAAAAAAAUCAAAUAUCACAAGUAACAUGGAGCAAUUAUGAACUCAAACCUUUAUUUUAAACCCUAUUCCAAAUCGACAUAAAUCGUAGUGAAAUAGAUACCCAUAACCAUAAUUACCAAUUAAAACGAACAUUUUCACAAAACUAAUAUUUGUGCUAAAAAUUACCCCUUUCAAGAAAAAAAAAACCUAGUGAACAUUUACCCCCCAUAAUCUAAAUUAAUCCUU